AGGACCGACCAAUCGGGUUCUUCAAACCAUUCAGCGGGAGAAACGGAACAGGAUGGAGAGUUGAAGCAAAUAGACGAGAGGAGACAAGUUUAGUUGGAAUUAAGUGCAAGUUUGUGACCGUACGUGUUUUCAUCAGACGUUUAGUUCGUCCGGAUCAUUUGUUGUGGGUUGCCAAUAGGAAGAAUGAGGCGCUCAGCCGCUCCCAGCCAGCUCUUGGGUAAUGCAGUGAAAAAGACUCGGUUUAUGCCUCCUGGAGCAUCGACUUCAUGUCCUGUGACGGAAUCAAAGCCCCUGACACCUAAACUCGGAUUGGGCAAUGCACUGGAAAAGGUCCAGAGAAGUGUAGCAGCACCAGCUCCAAGUAAGACAGAAUUUGAGGUCCGGACCAAAGCUGCACAAACAGCUCCAGCCUUGUCCCGGGCUCUGGCUCGUGUCCUCAGUGCAACGGAGAGUAAGGAAAACGACACAGAGACAGAAUAUCCUGAUACUGGCAGCAGAGACAAUGCAGAACACAACAGAACAUCAGGGGCCGACGGUUGUCCUCGGUUGACUCCCAGAUCUCCGGAAACCCCACUGCCUCCUGCGGGGUCAGCCUGCGCUUCGGAAGCCGCGGCCUCGGACUCCUCCUGCAGUCAGGAUGGAGUGCGCUACUUCAGUGUGAUGUGGUGUAAGGCCAGUAAGAAGAAACACAAGCGCUGGGAGGGCGAUGCUGUCCUGGUGACAAGAGGACGCUCAGUCACACUUAAAGACAUGGAAGGGAAAGACAUUGGCAAAGGUAGUGGCUACAAGGUGUCAGUGUUGGCCUCCCUGUCCGAGGGACAGACCCUGAUGAUUGGCGGGAAGGAGGUUGAGGUGAUGGGGGUCAUUGCUGCUGAGGACUUUGCCAGGGGACGUUGUUUCCAAGAGGUCCAAAUGGAGAAAGAGGAGCCACAGACAAAGGCGGUGCUGCCUCCUCCUCGUCGUUUUGCAUCAAAACCUUUCAGUCCUCCAACCCUGGUAGGAAGAGCUGAGCAUCCAGGAAGUAAACCAGUGGAGGAACAAACGUCUAGACCUCGCCAUGAUCCCCAAGCUCCAGGCGCACUGGUGAUGCCUCGUCCCUCGCCCAACCACCAGUGGUCUAAUAACAAGUCGGGGCUUCCUGUCGUCGAUGUGGUGGUUGACCCUUACCUGACCACUCAAAUGAGACCCCACCAGAGAGAUGGCCUGCUCUUCCUCUAUGAGUGUGUCAUGGGCAUGAGAGCUGUGGGUCGCUACGGUGCUAUCCUGGCUGAUGAGAUGGGGCUGGGGAAGACUCUCCAGAGCGUGGCACUGUCCUGGACUUUGUUGAAGCAGGGGCCGUAUGGCGGGAAACCAGUUGCUAAGCGUGUCCUCGUAGUUACGCCUGGCAGCCUUGUGCAGAACUGGGGUGCGGAGUUUAACAAGUGGCUGGGCCGUGAGAGGAUCAGUGUUUUCACUGUGGAUCAGGACCACAGGAUAGAGCAGUUUGUGUUAUCUCCUCUGCACAGCGUUCUGGUGAUCAGCUAUGAGAUGCUGCUGCGCUGCCUGGAGCAGGUACAAAAAGUGGAGUUUGGUCUUGUCGUUUGCGAUGAGGGUCACAGAUUAAAGAACAGCAGCAUCAAAACGUCCUCUGCCCUCAGUAGCCUCAGCUGUAAUCGCAGGGUCAUACUCACAGGCACCCCAGUACAGAACGACCUGCAGGAGUUCUAUGCUCUUAUAGAGUUUGUUAAUCCAGGGAUCCUUGGGUCGUCAACUGCUUACAGGAAAGUGUACGAGGAGCCAAUUCUACGUUCCAGACAACCCUCCUGCACAGAGGAGGAGAGAGUUCUGGGAGAAGAGCGAGCGGCUGAGCUCUCUCGCCUGACUGGCGUUUUCAUCCUGCGGCGGACGCAGGAGAUCAUCAACCGCUACCUGCCUCCUCGUCUCGACUGGACAUUGUUCUGUGAACCAUCCCCUUUGCAGCUACAGCUGUACGGCCAUCUCCUGUGCCAUCGAGUCUUCAAAGCCUGCCUUCAGGGCUCCACACAAACUCACACACAUCUGGCCUGCAUCACAGCACUGAAGAAGCUGUGCAACCACCCUGGCCUGCUCCACUCUACCGUCAAGGAGAGAACAGACCAUGGAUCCGCAGAUGGUUCAUUAUAUGAUGGAUUGGUAGAACUCUUCCCAGAAUCCUACUCUUCAGGAGGAUUCAACACUGCUGAUUCUGGAAAACUCCUUGUUCUGUCGGACCUGAUGGCUGCCAUCAGACAGCUCAGCCCUUCAGACAGGUUGGUCGUAGUGUCCAACUACACUCAGACACUCGACAUGCUCCAGGACUUGUGUGUACACAAGGGCUACACCUUCUGCCGACUAGACGGACACACACCUACUGGCCAGAGGCAGCGACUGGUUGACAGUUUUAACAGCUCCUACUCUCCGAACUUUGUGUUUCUGCUGAGCUCUAAAGCAGGAGGGGUGGGGCUGAAUCUGAUCGGCGCUUCCCACCUGGUGCUCUAUGAUAUUGACUGGAACCCUGCCAAUGAUAUUCAGGCCAUGGCUCGUGUAUGGAGAGAUGGACAGAAGAAGACUGUGCACAUCUAUCGUCUCCUCACUGCAGGCACAAUCGAGGAGCGUAUAUUCCAGAGACAGGUGUCCAAACAGGGCCUUUCAGGGACUGUGGUUGACCUGGGCAAAGGGGCAGAGCACACCAGCUUCUCCAGCAAUGAACUGCGAGAUCUUUUCAGCCUGACGGACACUCCCUCUCUCACUCACGACCUGCUGAGCUGCGGCUGCAGCAUGGACGGAUCAGUGCAGGCCGUCGCAGAGGAGGAGGAGGACCAGGUCUGCGAUAGGCCGUGCCAGCUUGGUCGCCAAGGUGACCGUGGUGGGGUGGCGGCACCGAAGCAUCUCAGCAUGUCUGAGCUGAUGCAGUGGAGACAUUUCUCUGGUGACACACACACCUUCUCAGACCCCUACCUCGACCAAGCACGAAACAACAUCACCUUCGCCUUCCAGACCACCAUCGCCCACACGGUUCUGUAAAUACAUGACUCUCACACACACACACACACACACACACACACACACACACACACACACACACUCACACUCACACUCACACUCACACACACACACACACACACCCACACACACC